AUGGCCAAUUUCGUUACGGUGGCUAAUUUAGCAAAAGUGGGCAUUGCUGCCAUUCUGUUCUCACUCGUCAGAAUCAUCUAUCGAGUCUAUUUUCACCCGCUCAGUAAAAUCCCCGGACCGAAAUUAGCAGCUGCAAGCACUGCCUACAUUUUCUAUUACAAUGUAAUCAAGGGAGGAGUGUUCAUCUGGCAUCUUGAGCGACUACAUGGAAUUUAUGGACCCAUUAUUCGCAUUUCCCCGAGAGAAGUCCACAUCAAAGAUUCCUCCUACUACGACGAUAUCUAUGCCUCCAGCAUGCGAAAGCGGGAAAAGGACUACCCUUCCAUACGUUCAUUCGAAAUUGAUGGCGCCUCAUUCUCCACCAUCUCCGCCGAGGACCACCGUGAACGCCGCGCGCCCUUCGAGAAGUUCUUUUCCAAAUCAGCCGUCGCAAAAAUGGAACACAUCAUCCAACAACGCCUGGACAAGCUAUGCGGGCACCUCGAUCGCGGCUACGAGUCUUACAAAGUCGUCAACUUGGGUGCUGGCUUCGCGGGCAUGACUGCAGACAUCAUUUACCAGUACACUCUCGGCUACGACAGUGGCAAUCUUGAAAAGGAAGGCUUCAACGAGCAUGUGCGAGACGGAGUCAACGCGCUCUUCAGAGGAUACCAUGUGACGGUUUUCUUCCCGAUCUUGCAGACCAUCACCAGAUCUCUCCCGCUCUCGGUUCUGAAAAGAAUGAACCCUAGCGCUUGGGUUGUCACGGAUCAAAAGCUGGGUGUUCAGGCUAGGAUCGUGGAUUUCCUGGCUGGUAAGCGCACAAAGGAUGGGUCUAUCAUGGAGAAGGUGGCUGAUAGUCGACUCUCUGCGCAUUUGCGUGGCCCUGAAAGACUGGCGGAUGAAGCGUUUUCUAUUUUGGUUGGAGGUACGGAGACGACGGGCAGGUCUCUUUCGCUGGGCUUUUUUAAGAUUCUCAGUGAUCGCGUCGUAAAAGAGAAAAUGCUACAGGAGCUGCGGUCGCUGAUGCCAACGCCUCAAUCCCGUCCGACGUGGAAUCAGCUGGAACAACUUCCCUAUAUGUCUGGUGUCAUAUUAGAGACUUUGCGUUUGUCCACAGGAAUUGCCAAUCGGUCCCCUCGAGUCGCGCCUACAGAAACACUGGUCUACAAGGGCUAUAGCAUCCCCCCUGGAACUCCCGUAUCCCAAACAAAUUAUUUCGUCCUCAUGGAUCCCGAAAUCUUCCCCGAUCCUCACGCCUUUGACCCAGAAAGAUGGGUGCGCGCUGCGGCCAAGGGCGAGCCUCUCCAACGUUAUUUGGUGAACUUUUCAAAAGGAACUCGGAUCUGUUUGGGAAUGAACCUGGCCUAUGCUGAGUUAUACUUGACUCUUGCAAAUCUUUUCCGACGUUACGAGUUUGAGUUAUACGAUACGACCGAGAAAGAUAUUGCUUUUGCUCGUGAUUUUGCAGCGCCUUAUCCCGACGAAGGGAACCUUCAACUCAGAGUUAUGGUGACAGGUCUGGUCGAAGAAUGA